GCCGUACACACACUAACACACAUGCACAAAAGCAGAACUCAAAGGAUUUCAAAUGGGGCCGUGAAACAUUUGCUGCCCGGUGUGGAUCUAAGGGCCUUUUCUAUGUCGGAAUGGGCGGCACUAGGAGAUGGAAAGGAUGCUGGGUAAGGAACUCCAGAGAGUUAGACUGAUCCCACGCCAUCUCUCUAUUUCUCCCUGCACAGAUCCUGGAGCUCAGGACUCGGUCAUGAACUUUGCUCUCUCUGUAUUGAGGCUCAUGUGCCUGGCCUGGCUGUGGCCCGUCGUCCUUCUCAAAGGAAGCAACACGCAAAACCAGCACAGGCACAAGGACGUCUACCUGGGCGAAAACACACGGCACAAACAUGGAGGACGAAUAGACUUUAAAACAAAGAAGUCUGACAGCACCAAAUCUCUGCUGAUUAAAUCAGAGCAGCUCUUGCGAAUUGAAGAUCACGACUUUGCCAUGAGGCCUGGUUUUGGAGGUUCAGCUAUUCCAGUGGGCAUCGAUGUGCAGGUGGAGAGCAUUGACAGCAUUUCAGAGGUCAAUAUGGACUUCACUAUGACCUUGUACCUCAGGCAUUACUGGCAGGACGACCGACUGGCAUUCCCAUCCAGUAAUAACAAAAGCCGAACAUUUGAUGCUCGGCUGGUGAAAAAGAUCUGGGUGCCAGACGUCUUCUUUGUUCACUCCAAGCGUUCUUUCAUUCACGACACCACCAUGGAAAACAUCAUGCUCAGAGUAUAUCCAGAUGGAAACAUUCUCUACAGCGUCAGAAUCACAGUGACGGCUCUCUGCUCUAUGGACUUCAGCAGGUUUCCUCUAGACACACAGAACUGUUCUCUAGAGCUGGAGAGUUACGCUUACAAUGAGAACGACCUCAUGCUCUAUUGGAAGAAUGGGAACGAUUCAUUAAGGACUGACGAGAUUGCACUCUCGCAGUUUUUUAUUGAAGAAUUCCACCCUUCCUUCGGGCUAGCCUUCUACAGCAGCACCGGCUGGUAUAACAGGCUGUACAUAAACUUCAUCCUCAGGAGACACAUAUUCUUCUUCAUGCUGCAGACAUACUUUCCCACAAUGCUUAUGGUCAUGCUCUCCUGGGUGUCCUUCUGGAUCGACAGGAGAGCCGUACCGGCCCGUGUCUCUCUAGGAAUCACAACAGUGCUGACCAUGUCUACUAUAAUAACAGGCGUCUCAGCGUCAAUGCCUCAGGUGUCUUAUGUGAAGGCGGUGGACAUUUACCUUUGGGCCAGUUUCCUCUUUGUUUUCCUGUCGGUCAUUGAAUAUGCUGCCGUGAACUACUUCACCACGGUGGAAGAGAUGAAAAAGCUUCAGAAAGGAAAGCUUCCAGUUUCCUACGAUGCAACCCAGGCUAUGGCCUACGACGGCUGUUUUCACGAUGACAUAGAUGUAUCGCCUUUCCCCGAGCUCCCCACCACACCCAGCACGACGCGGACCAUCCCACCCACAGCCUCCUCCACCGAGCCUCCGCCCACCGAAGGCACGAGACUCUGGAGGAAACGCACAGUCGGCAAAAACAUCAGAUUCAUAAUGAGCAACAGCUACAUGAUUGACUCGUACUCCAGAAUCAUCUUUCCAGUGGCGUAUCUUCUCUUCAACAUCAUCUACUGGUGUAUCUACUCCUGAUCCUCUAACUUGAGUUUUUCGGAUCAGUUGCUGUAAUAUUAUCGCACAAGACAAACUGAACGCUCUGACAAUAAGCACAAGUGACCUGACAAAGAGGACAGUUUUGUUUAAGUGUAACUGGGGAAAAAUCCAGAUGGAGAUAUGGAGAGCUCUUAAGUGUUUUGCUUUUCUCAUAGCAUUUGAAGGAAUGUCGUUUUUCAUAAACCCUCAAAUGCAAGGAACAUGUUCAUCUCAUUCAAGGAUAUACUGAGCAGUUGCUUACCUGACUCUUGUGACCGUUCUUAUGGGAUCCAUCCACCACCCCGGUUUAAUCUCCUAGAAUUCAUUAGAUCCGACAGCAGAAACUCCAAAGCAAGCCAACCUUCUUUAUAUGCUCAAGAAUUAUAACUUGUGAAUAAAUGAAAUAAAUGAACACUUUAAUGCUAGUUUACAUAGUAGGACUUCUGACCCGUCAAAGUUUAGGCCAUGUUUUUCUCUUGGAACCGCCCACUUAAACAGCAAGUGUCUGAGUGACAGGUAAAGGGACCAAUCACAGUUCAGAGUUUCACCCAUGACAUUUACAUAAAGUUUGGGGUUGGUAAGAUUUUUAAUGUUUUUGAAAGAAGUCUCCUAUGUUCACCAAGGCUGCAUUAAUUAUAUAUAUAUAUAUAUAUAAACAGUAAAACUGUUAUAAUGUAAAAUAUUGUUUUCUAUUUCAAUAUAUUUAAAAUGUAAGAAACAUAUCUUAUUAGUAAUGAUGAAAACGGCUGUGCUAGGCUACUUCAUAUUUUUGCGGAAACUGUACAUAAAAAAAAAUCAAAAAAUCAUUGAGAUAGAAAUCUUUGGCAACAGUAUGUCUUACUGUCAUUUUUUUGCGAUUUAUUGCAUCCUUGAUUAAUAAAAGUAUUAAUUUCUUUAAAAAAAAAAUGGUAUUAUACAUAGUUGUGGGUAGAUCUGAAAUCUGUGAAAGCAUAACACUAGUCAAAAAAAAAAGCAAAAUUAUAGUUAAAGAAAAAUGUGAAUAGACAGAUUUCAUGUUUCCAAAAGACAAUAAAAUGGGAUAUACUUGCUAUUAACUGCCUCAAACAAUACUCUUGAACGUUUUGAUUCAGUAGAAGCCUUGCUCCUUGUAAACACAACUUUUAUUUCCUGGUAGACUUUAAAAACCUGUGCACUCUGAUUCAUGGAAAAACUGUGUAGCAUCCAGCCAAUCGGAUUAGAGAUUGUGCUUUUGUAUGCCAUAAAAGCAACACACAACAAAUACUUAAGUACCUUAACAUAAUACUAGUAACAUAAUACCAUUCAC